GGCAAAACAAAUAUGGCUGAUUCAUAAACGGGGAGUGACUGAGUGACAGGCACAGUCAUUCCAGCGUUUUAUCACUCUCACUUGCUCUCAUUUCGCCACGGACACCGUGCACAAUGGAAGAGUUCGAAGGCAGCACAGAAAGUGACGAGCAAGAAGAGCCGAUAGAUCCCAGGAUACAGGAGGAGUUGGAGAAGUUAAAUACGGCCACAGAUGAAAUAAACAAACUGGAAACAGAGCUUGAUGAAGCUCGAGCACGCUUCCGAAGCACAUUAAAUGAGUCCGGCCACCGUUUAACACAGCUGUACAGGAAGUACAAGAGAAAUGUAGAUAAGGCUCGGCCUUAUUAUGAUGCAAGAAGAGAGGCAGAGCAGGCCCAAGAAGAGACCCACCGGGCAGCUCGCGAGUUCCAGCGAGCUAAUAGCCUGUAUAAAGCAGCCAAGGAAACCAUACAGCUGGCCGAGCAGAGACUCCUGGAUGCUGAUCCCAGCGAGAAGAGGGAGUUCGACUCUGCCUGGCAAGAAAUGUUGAACCAUGCCACCAUGCGGGUAAUGGAGUCGGAGCAGGAGAAAGGGAAGAGUGAGAUGGAGCACCACAAAAAGGCUUCCUUCUAUGAGGCAGCUCAACAUAAGGUGCUGCUACUGGAGAAGAAGUUUAAAAGAGCCAUUAGUAAUUCCAAACCAUAUUAUGCUGUAAAAUUGGAUUUAGAAAAACAGCUUGAGCAACAGAAAAUUGACGUGGAGGACCUCCAGAGAGCCAUUAGUGCUUCUAAACACAAAUAUUCCGCAGCUCUCAAGAAUUUGGAGAGAAUAUCGGAGGAAGUGCACCUGCGGCGGAAGUCACGCGUUGGGCAGUUCAAGCUUCCGCCACGUGAGCCUGGAGUGGGGGCUGAAAGUGUUAGCAGUGAGUCUAGCUUGCCGGAAGUUAACUUAGACAAAUUAGAAAAAGGCAGCUAUGCUGGUGGGUUGAGUGACGAUGACGAUAUAGAAUCUGUGGAUUCCCGAGAUAACGGCUUAGAAGACUCACUGGAGUUGAAACCUAGAAGUUUUUCCAAGGAUUCGGACAAAAAUGUGACAUUUUCCACUGACCAGGAAGAAAUAGAUGCAAACUUGGACCAUACUCUUCAACAGGGGGCUGUAGAGGGCGUGCAUUCCGAGAUGAUACCAUCGGAGACCAGAGCCUCAAUGGGAGACGGAAGCUCAGAAACCGAGCAGCCAGAUGCGGUGCUGCCAACCAGUUCAAUUUUGCUAAAUGACAAUGUUGAUAAUUUUGUUCCUCCUGAACCUUCUACGGAAGUUCACCACCACCACCAUCACCAUCACCACCACCACCAUCUUAAAGACCAGUCCCAUUUAGCACUGCCCCCUAGUGGUGGUGGUGCAAGUCAUCCACAUAACCGCCAUAGUUCACACGAACAGCGCAGACAUAGUUUGCAGCCUCCAGACAUCCUUGCAGCGACAAAGAGGAGAGCGAACUCUGUUUUAAUUGUACCAGGACACUCGGAGUCCCUGCUGGAGCCUGGGGCGCCUGUGCCGAGGGAGAGAAGAACGAGUAAAGUCACGCAGGGCUUGGCCCAUCUGAAUGUGAAUGACUUGCUGCUGCAGCAUGCUCAGGCAGACGGGCAGUCCUGAUAGAUAUUAUAGAAAUCUGACUUGAUCUUUUGUGAAAUUAUUCUAGUAGGUUUUUUUUUUCUUUUUGGGGUAUUAUCCACUGUGAAAAUGGGUUUCUUUGAGAUAUUACAAAAAUAUGUCUUCAGGAGUUAUGGAAAUAUAGUGCACCAGUUGGUUUCUUUUGAUUAUUGUUGGAUUCUAGUGUAAAAAUGGGUCUCUUUAAGAUAUGAGGGAGACGUCUUCCACAUUCAAAAUGUCUCACUUUUGCUGAUGUUUUACUUUCUCAUUUAGGCACUUACAAAUAUGUACUUCCUGACACAGCCAAAUAACUGCUCAAAAAAUUGAGUCAACAUUUUCAAGUAUUACUGAUGAUUUUUUUUUCUUUUUGGAGGGGGAGGGAAGCAAAGGGAGCUUAUUCAUAUCAUUGGAUUUUAUUGACUAAAAUUAUUACUGUAUGUGGGCAAGGCAUAUCAUAACAAGCAUUUUUUUAUAUGUAUGUUUGCAUGUUUUUGAAAUAGCCUGUAGAUCACCCAACGUGUUCAGUCAGUACAGCACAUCUUUGCAAUACAAUACUUAUAAAUAAAAGAAGCAGGAAGCAAUGCCAUUUUAUGAAAAUUUACGUGUGUAUUUAUAUACAGUUAGGGCUUCAGUAUCCCAGAUGUGGGUAGUGUUAUAAUUACCCAAUAUAACACGUGUAUUCUGUGCAAGAAAGAUGUUUGGCCACUACUAGUAGUUUGUAAAAUGUAAUUAAGAGAUUGGUAGUAUAUAUGAACAUGUAGAUGGAUAAAGAGAUGGGUAUAUGGAUGUAGAAUAGAUAUGCAGGUCCGUAGCCAGCAAUUUCAAAAGGGGGGUUCUUUUUCUGAAAAAGUGGACCUUUUCCCAU